GAGUCACGUGCACCAAUGCCCUCGCUGGGCGUGGCCGAAAAUGCGUCCUAUGCGACCGAACUAGGCGUGGCCACCCGCCUCUCACACGGCCCUGAGCAUGUGCGUGGCCCCGCCCCCUCCUACAGCGGGCCCCCGGAUGACGUCUCCUGGCUGGAGGUGUUGGGCUUCCUGGGCAAGCUGCUGGGUGCAGUCGCCGCGCUAAAAGCAGCAGAGUACCUGCUCCGUGCGCUGUGUGCAGUGAUGGCCUGGAAGUCAGGGGGAGCCAGCCAUGCCGAGCUGGUCGGCAACCUGCGCAAAAACGGGAUCAUCAAAUCAGACAAAGUAUUUGAAGUAAUGCUAGGAACUGACCGAAGACAUUAUGCAAAGUGCAAUCCAUAUAUGGAUUCUCCACAGUCGAUAGGUUAUCAAGCAACAAUUAGUGCUCCACACAUGCAUGCAUAUGCAUUAGAACUCCUCCACGACCAGUUACAUGAAGGUGCCAAUGCUCUAGAUGUAGGAUCUGGAAGUGGAAUUCUAUCUGCCUGCUUUGCAAGAAUGGUUGGACCCAAGGGACAAGUAGUGGGAAUCGACCAUAUCAAGGAAUUGGUAGAUGAUUCUGUAAAUAAUGUGAAAAAAGAUGAUCCAGCAUUACUAUCUUCAGGUCGUGUAAAAUUAAUAGUUGGCGAUGGACGAAUGGGCCAUCUUGAAGACGCACCUUACGAUGCUAUUCACGUUGGGGCAGCCGCACCUGUUGUACCACAGGCUCUUAUAGAGCAGCUCAAACCUGGAGGAAGGCUAAUACUACCUGUUGGACCAGCUGGAGGAAACCAGAUGUUGGAGCAGUAUGAUAAGUUGGAGGAUGGAAGUGCCAAAAUGAAACCUCUGAUGGGGGUGAUCUAUGUGCCUUUAACAGACAAAGAAAAGCAAUGGUCAAGGUGGAAGUGAUUUUCUGUGACACUCUUUCUUCUUCCAAACACAUACAAGGUGAAAGGGAUGAAUUGUAAUGGCUUUCAUCACUCCAAUCCAAACAUAGUAUUAUGGUGUGGUGCUUCUACUGAACUCUCAAAGGCUUUUUUCUCCAGACGACUCAUUGGUGCAGCUUGUUUUGGAUUUUGUUACCCUGUUAAAAAUGGCAUGGAGGUUUUUCCCCUUUUUUUGGCUUUUAAGAAAAAUGUAAACUGUGCGAAUUUAAGUUGAGAUAUUUAAUUUCAUUUUUUUCCUCCUCAUAUUUUAUGCAUUAAAAAUGCCAGAGUGUAUGACCCAGUGCAAAUGCACCACAUUGUGAACUAUUUAAAAUUGCACAUAUAAUGUUUAAUAUCUGAAAAUAUUAAAACUGCAACAUUCAGCAUCAAUGUUAAAUGAAUUCGCAAAUGGUCACAGAAUGAUACAGAGUACAUGCACAAUUUUCACAUUUCUGCUAAAUGCUGCUAAACAUUUAGAACCGAGCUUCCUUCUCAGAGCUUUUUUUUUUAUUUUGAUGUGGUGUGCUAGAGUAGCAUGUGGAUGCAGUAAGCAGCUUCACUUAACUACCAAGAUGUGCGUUUCUUGAUACCCCACAGGUGCGUGAGCACCGUGGACUGAUCUCUUCAGUUCGACAGCUGUAGACACCUUAAACAAUUCUGUUCAGUCGGAACACACAAAUUGUUUUUAUCAUUUGCAGAUAAUGAAAUAAUUGGCAGCCUAUGUUACAUCCAAGCUUUUUUCCCUGGUGAUGCAUUUUAUAGUUAAAUGCUGUGUACAACACGUGCUGUGUAAGCCAUGUUCUUGCAGUUGAACAGUUUAUGCAGGUACGCUUUGCCAAAUAAAGUACAAAACAAUUGAA